AUGGACUGCGUAGCUUUGGUAAAAUAUGAAUGCAAAGAUAAUGAAUGGCCAAUAAGUAUUUAUUGUUUUGGAAAUCGUUCACUUAGGUAUUUUAAACGCAUUCGUUGCCAAUAUUCACCUGUCUGUUUAUUUCUAUCUCUACUUGCUAUUCUUCUUCUAAGCGCGGGCAUUGCUGCAAUGUUUGUCGCCUUGAUUGGUAUCCCUAAAACGACAACAACAACGACGACGACAGCAACAACUACAACUACAACAACAACGACAACAACAACUACAACUACAACAACAACAACUACAACAACAACGACGACGACAACAACAACUACAACAACAACUAAAACUACAACAACAACGACGACAGCAACAACAACGACGACAGCAACAACUACAACAACAAGUAAGGCAACAUUUGCUUUUUUGUUCGUGUAUGUACAUAAAUAG